UAUGGAUUGAACUGAAACUGGUCGACUGCACCUGCAUGCGGCUCAUUUCGGCCUCUACUGGGUCAAUUUGUUAACAGUCGCUCGAGGAAUACUUCACAACCAAACCGCGUGCGCGUGCCCGUCGCCACGUUUCGCGACCAUGGCUUCGUCCACUCCGCCGCCGCGUCGGCGGCUCAUCGGCCUCUCGACCAAAAUGUACUUUUCCCUCUCCAAGACGCGCGACUUCACCAGCCAGUUCCUCGCCCACCUUGCCACCGUCUCCGGCUCGCAGCUUUCUCAGAUCGACAUCUUUGUCAUCCCCGACUUCGUCUCCCUGACCGAGACGGCGUCGCAGCUCAAGACGGCACCGGUCCCCGUCUGGCUCGGCGCCCAGGACUGCCACGGGGAAGACGCUGGCGCCUUCACCGGCGAGGUCAGCCCCGCCGUGCUCGCCGAGGCGGGCGUCCGCAUAGUCGAGGUCGGCCACGCGGAGCGCAGGAGACUCUUUGGCGAGGACGACGCGACAGUCGCAAGCAAGGCCGCCGCGGUGAGUAGGAACGGCAUGGUCCCCCUCAUCUGCAUCGGAGAGAAGAGCCGGGGGGAUGUAUCGAUCGCGGUGGACGAGUGCGCCGCCCAGGUCGAUGCUGUGCUGGGCAGCCUCGCAGACGACGCCGAGGCCGUGCUGGCCUACGAGCCGGUAUGGGCCAUUGGCGCCAGCCAGCCCGCGGGCGAAGAGCACGUUCUGGCAGUCGUGGCGGGCAUUCGGAACCUCGAGAGCGUGCGCCGGCGAAAGGGCCAGACGAGGGUCGUGUACGGCGGGAGCGCGGGCCCGGGCCUGUACGCGCGACUGAGCGGCGGUUUGGACGGCCUAUUCCUCGGACGCUUUGGGCAUAACCCGGAGCGCUUUGUUCAGACUAUUCGCGAGGUCAUUGAAUCGUAGGAAGGAGGAAGCUGCUGCUGGCGAAAGCCCUGUGUUGCCAGGCAGGCGGAGAUAUUAGUAGAGGCGACGGCCGACAUCAGGCUCGGGUCGGGAGCCACCUCACGCGAUGCCACUUUAAUGAACGAAAACCAUUUCGGAGGGAGAAUGAGCUUGCUUUGACGGCAAGGAAAAGCGCAUCGCAUUAAUCUACGCCUGCGGGAAGUACGAAGCAGGCACGAAGUAGUACUUGGUAGGUUGGUACGUACCAUCCUGUGGUUGCCCAAAUUGACGUCU